AUGAUCGAGGUGGUGCUAAACGAUCGGCUAGGGAAGAAGGUGAGGGUGAAGUGCAACGAGGACGACACCAUCGGAGAUCUGAAGAAGCUCGUGGCGGCGCAGACCGGAACCCGAUCCGAGAAGAUCCGGAUCCAGAAGUGGUACAACAUCUACAAGGAUCACAUCACUCUCAAGGAUUACGAAAUCCACGACGGCAUGGGCCUCGAGCUCUACUACAACUGA